UCUUUUCCACAUUCACGACGUUAGUUUUGUAGAAAAAGGAUAUUCAGUAUUUUUUUUGCUAAUAUUAAUCCUGUUUAAAUAUUUAUUAUUAGAAUUUAGUGCAUUUAAUCGUGGUUGCAACUUAAUUGUGAUUGUGAUAAGUAGGAUAUCUCUUAGUUUAUAUUUUAGUGUACAUACGAUUUUAUUAAGUGGUUAUCUAAAUAGUUGGUCAGUCUUUUAAUAAAAGAUGGAGUCCAACCAGUACCAGCCCAUAGGACAGAUAUCUCAUGGAGUCAGCAUCGAGAUGGAGUUAAUGCAAGCUGGUUCUGAGCCGAUGGGAAUGCGAUGCAUGUUCUGCCACGAAGAUAUAAUGACCCGAGCCAGUUACAAGAAUACAAGCUUGACACAUAUAAUUGCAGCAGUGUUAGCUAUAUUCUUUUGGUGGAUGUGCUGUUGUGUAAUACCAUAUGUGGUGAAAAGAUGGAAAAAUGUGGAACACUACUGUCCAAACUGUCAUAAGUUUUUGGGCGUUCAUGCAAGAACAUCUGUAUUAUAAGGUGUAUUAGGCAUGUACAAAAUGUAAGCACAAAUGAAAACUUCUUUCCUUUUUAUUUACUAUAUUGUUUGAGAAAUAAUUCUUAUAAGAAGCAAUUACAGUGGUACCCUGCGUUUUGUAUUUUGUUAAGAGAGGGACAGGCUGACAACCAAUGCUGUGCAGCUGUUCACAUUGCGCUGGGACACUCACUUCCCAUCCACUCAUUCAAAUCCGUUAAGCGUUUUGGCAUGAUUGAUUAAUAAUAUUAUUAUAGAAUAUUAUGAAGAUUCAUAUUUAUUUAAAUUGUUAAUAGAAUUCGUAGUGUGUAUUUUAUAUAUAUAAAUCUGUUAAAUUAUUACUUGUAAUUGUAUCUACCUAGUAAAUUUAGGUUUUUAUAUAGGUAUCAAUAUAAAAUAUGGGUUAAUUUAUAUAAUAACUAAAAAAUCCUCUUAUAUUUUUAGGUAUUCCUAUUUUGUUUUAAUCGCAAUUAAAAUGAAACAUUCUAUUAAUUGAAAUACAUGUAUUUUAUUAAAAAUAUUAUUGUAUAAGAACUGGCUUUGUAUAAUAUAAUUUUGAUCACAGUACAUACUAGAAAAAAAUAAAUAUAAAUUUAAUUGAAUUUUGAAAACAGUUACAAUACAGUAAAUAUAUAUAUACAGUAAUAUUCAUAUGGAAUGUAAAAUAAGCACAGACUUAAUUAAAACAGUCUACUUUUGUUGUUUAGAUAUAUUAGUAAAUAAGUAUAAAUAAAAGAUGGUACUUUAAUAUUUUUUUAAAAUUAUUUUAAUUUGGAGUUUAUAUUGUGAUAGCCUAUAUUUAACUUUUAUAAAAAAUAAACAUAUCACAGAACA